UUAACAUGGAAUGUUUACAAUUUUUACAGAUCAACAACAACAUUCGGCAUCGGUUGUUUACAUGGAAUAUAUACAGUAGGUUUAUAUUGCCAAAAAAAGUAAGUCCAUUAAAUUUAUAAACAUCUGAAUGAAUUGUCUAUCAUAAAAGUGAGUUUAUUCCCGCGGUUAAAACCACGUCGAAUUUUUGUUUAUCUAAUAAUAUAUUGAUCUUUAUCGUAUUAAAUAUCAUAGCGUUUAUUGAUUGUCAUUUUAUUUAUUAGAAAUUUUUAUUACGUGACUAAAUGUCCGAUUGCUAUCAUAGACAAUCGAGAAAGACUUCCUCUCAUUGUCUGCUAUGAAGUUAGAUUGUUUAUUGUUAUAAGAUAAACUGAUCCCAUUCCUAUUAAUUUAAUUAAUUAAACCUUAAAACUAGGCUAGUGAAAAAAUUUUAAAGAAAAAUUGUUUGAACAGAGUGUAGGCUGGGGAGUGUGUGCAGAGUUGUCGCAAAGAGGCUUAAGCAGGGUGGGGUGUGUGGUAUCAUAUUUGCCGACAAAUGUUAAAUUUUGCAGAUGACAAUUCCUUAAUGUACAUUUUCAUAAAUCUGUCCAAAUUUUAGCUAUAAUUUAAAGCCACAUAAAAAAAGUUGGUUAGCAUCCUUAGCUUUUGCCAAAAAGUGAGCGGGCGGGCGCUUUUUUUAAAAAUUUUUACUAAUUUUUAACGCCUUGGUUUUAGGUCCGAAACUGGAUUUUCUUGCGCAGUAGAGAUAUUUUUUUGUAUAUUUCAAAAUAUGAUUCAUACCGUCAUUUUCGCACACAAUUUUGCAAUUUAUUAACACAAUUGACUACAGUCAACAGAAAUACUACGUAUAUUAGAGCCUGUUGACCCAUAAAAGUUGGGGGUUUUUUAAAUAAAAAAGAAUCCUGAGCAGGGCCUUUUUUGUGGGCAGGCGAGGACGCUAACCAACUAUUUUUUUUAUAUGGCCUAAUAGUUUUUAAUCAGUGUCACUCAAAUAUUUUAGUUCUUCCUUCCUAUCCAACUCAUGUUUUGCCAACAACGAAAACAACAUGCCGACUAGGAUUCAAUAAUCUUAUGUAGAAAUCACUGGCAAAAUCGUUCAUUUUGCCAACAAGAUGUGUCGCACCCCCUACAGGCGGCAAGGGCUUCCACAUGCUGAAUGCCUGCACACCCUUGCUGCCUUUGUGUCUCCCAUUCAGACUUACCACCACCCCAUUACAGCAAAAUAUAAUAAUAAUUACAUUUAUUCAGGAUACCACAUCACAUACAUGUUUUUCAGUCGGGUCCUGUAUAUAAAAAAUACAUUCAUUUACAAUAUUUAAACAGUACGAAAAAUGACAAAUUUUUUUUUAUUAACUUUACAAUCAAUUGGUAAGGACAACAGGACGCGAGUCCCUAAUUAAGUCGCACCAUUUUUUAAUUUUUUUUUUAAAUAUGUACAUACACUGUACAACAAUGAUAAAAACGAACAAUGAAUUAUUUUAUAUCUUAUUGCGAAUCAUUACAGAUGAAUUGUUGUUCUUUUAGUUGUUUUUAAUUUUUGAUGGUGUUAUCCCGAGGAUGGGCUGUGAAAAAUUGGAGGCUGUUAUUAUGCACUAUAUUAGGAAUACUAAUCAUUGGAGAAUAUCUCAUUUAUUUCAUUGUCGCCAUGUCAUGGAAUGUACCAACUAAAAAAUCCAAACAUGAUCUAAAAGUACUGUUUGUCUCUGAUCCACAAAUACAGGUAAACAAGAAGUCUUCUCUGUCGUCAGACAUAGGUCAUAAUCAGAAGUCAAUGUUUUGUUCUGUUUUGUUUUUACACCAAAGUUAAAUUUUCUAAAAUUUUGUCUUAGGGAUUUCAAUUUGAACUCUCUGGUAUAUAUGGCCACAUCACAAGAUGGGACGUUUGCCAUUAUCUCAAAAAGACAUUUGGUUAUGCUGUGAACCAAGUUGAACCUGAUGUUGUUGUUUUGUUGGGUAAAUUAACCCACUGAGUGCUAGCGCUGUCCCCUUGAGAACUAAAAUUGUCUGGCAUUAGACAGAGUAAAAUAAUAAAGUAAGGUGCAUUAACCUAUUGAGUACCAGAGCUCUACUCUCCCCUUGAUGAGUAAAAUUGUCUGGCAUUAGACAGAGUAACCUGCCAUUAUACACAGAGUAACAUAAAAAAGUAGCCCACAUUAUGGUGCAAUGCAACUUAAUGUAUUAAACUAAACUUAUAAAGUGAAACUCUAUAUUGAAAUGGAUAUUUGAGUGGCAAUUUAUGUAUCUCACAUACAGGUGAUUUACUUGACGAGGGAUAUGUUUCUUCAGAUGAAAAGUUUCUUCAGUACAAAGUGAGUUUACAUCAGUUAUGCUAGACUGUCUAAAGUGUUAAUUCCACCCAUGAACUUUAAUAGGUUCUUGCCUAUCUGUGACUCGAACAAUAGGGUAAAUCAGUGAAAAUUGCUAUUGGUGGAUUUGGCAAAAAUACGUACAAUACACACGUGGCAGAGCUAGUGAAGGACCAGAUUUAUGAAUAAACGUUGACUAACAUAGAAAAUGAGUUAUAUUGUUAUUCUAUAAUGAAUUUCCAAACCAUCUAUUCUAUUAACUAUGUUGCACCUAAGGCAACUUUAAAGUCUCUGUGAGCCUUGCGGGACACCAGUUCUAUCAAUUACUAACCACGUGGCUAAGACGUGCAAUAACACAAUUUACCAUUUAUUAAGGAAUGGUUUGAAGAUAUUUAUACAGUUCCAUCAUCAGUAAAAAGAAUUCAUUUAGCUGGAGACAACGACAUUGGUGGCGAGAGUGAACCGAUUGAAGCAAAUCUCCUAACGAGGCACGAGAAAUAUUUUGGACCAACUAACGAAAUCAUCAAAUUCAAUAAUUGGCAAUUUUUAAAGGUGGUCGCUUUCAUCUAUAAAAUAACGUAGCCCUCUGUCGAGAUAUACUGGCCCUAUAAUAUACUUGCAUUCAACCCGCGAACUACACGCAGCAGUUAACCGUAGGCAUAGUUUUUUUUAGUAUAUAGGUAGUACUGUAUUUGCAUGGGCAGGGCAACGCCAGAACUCCCUUUACAAAUGCCAGAACUCCUUUAUCAAAUGACAAAACAUGGUUUGCAAAUGCCAGAACUCCAUUUUCAAAUGGCACAACUUGCUUUUCAAAUGCCAGAAGUACCUUUUGAAACGCCAGAACUCCGCUUCCAAACGCCAGAACUCCCUUUACAAAUGCCAGAACUCCCUUUUCAAAUGGCAGAACUCCGCUUUCAAACGCCAGAACUCCCUUUACAAAUGCCAGAACUCCCUUUUCAAAUGGCAGAACUUGGUUUUCAAAUGCCAGAAGUACCUUUCCAAACGCCAGAACUCCCUUUACAAAUGCCAGAACUCCUUAUCAAAUGACAAAACUUGGUUUUCAAAUGCCAGAACUCCUUUAUCAAAUGACAAAACUUGGUUUUCAAAAGAACUGCCUUUUCAAAUGCACAACUUGCUUUUCAAAUGCCAGAAGUACCUUUUGAAACGCCAGAACUCCGCUUUCAAACGCCAGAACUUCCUUUACAAAUGCCAGAACUCCCUUUUCAAAUGGCAGAACUUGGUUUUCAAAUGCCAGAAGUACCUUUCCAAACGCCAGAACUCCCUUUACAAAUGCCAGAACUCCUUUAUCAAAUGACAAAACUUGGUUUUCAAAUGCCAGAACUCCUUUAUCAAAUGACAAAACUUGGUUUUCAAAAGAACUGCCUUUUCAAAUGCACAACUUGCUUUUCAAAUGCCAGAAGUACCUUUUCAAACGCCAGAACUCUGUUUUCAAACGCCAGAACUCUGUUUUCAAACGCCAUAAUUCCUUUUACAAAUGCCAGAACUCCUUUAUCAAAUGACAAAACUUGAUUUUCAAAUGCCAGAACUCUCUUUUCAAAUGGCACAACUUGGUUUUCAAAUGCCAGAAGUAUCUUUUCAAACGCCAGAACUCCGCUUUCAAACGCCAGAACUCCCUUUUCAAAUGGCAAAACUCCCUUUUCAAAUGCCAGAAUUUGGUUUUCAAACGCCGGAAUUCCGUUGUCAAAGUCUAGUUAAUGUGGAUGACUUUAAGACCCCCUAGAUCGCUCCCCACAGGCAACUACACACGUAAAACUCUCACAUCUUGUAGCAAGUCGGCCAAACAAAUCGUCAACAAGUUGUGUUCGCACUGCUUGUCCCAAGUUGUCAACAAGUUUGGAACAAGCUGUUAACAACUUGUAACAACCUUGUUGAUAUUAUCAGACUUGUUGCAAGGUUGUUCCAACAAGUCCGAUACAGUCAUGAUAUAACAAUAUGGUUACAACCUUGUGUCAUCAACCUUGUAACAUUCUUGUUAUACCAUGACUGUAUCAGGCUUGUUAGAACAACUUUGCUACAAGUCUGAUAAUGCCAUCAAGCUUGUUACAAGUUGUUAACAGCUUGUUCCAAACUUGUUACAACAACUGGGAACCAGCAGUGCGAACACGACUUGUCGACAGCUUGUGAACAGAUUUGUCGUUUUUACGUGUGUACAUAUGCAUCUACACACGUAAAAACGCACAAGUUGUAACAAACCUGCAGCAGACUUGUAGCAAUGCUGUUCCAACAACUUGUCAACAGGAUGUGUUCGCACUGCUUGUUCCCAGCUUGUUGACAACUUGCUACAAGGUUGUUGAGCUCAAUAGACUUGUUACAAGUUGUUCCAACAACUUGUUAUCGUCCUGCAAUUCAACAAUUUGUCAACAAGUUGUGAGUGACAACCUUGUAGCAACUUGAUAAAAUAACAGUAUUGUUACACUUUGUUGACAAGCUUGCUACAAGGUUGUUGAGCUCAAUAGACUUGUUACAAGUUGUUCCAACAACUUGUUAUCGUCCUGCAAUUCAACAAUUUGUCAACAAGUUGUGAGUGACAACCUUGUAGCAACUUGAUAAAAAUAACAGCAUUGUUACAACUUGUUGACAAACACAUCUUGCCGGUUGACAAGUUGUGAGAUUUUUACGUGUGUGAGAAAUAGCAGGGCUUCGCUUUGUCUUAAAUGUAGUUGGUAUACUUCAAUUUGUAAAUUCAAUCUUUGUUUGAAAUAUUUAGCUCAGCACACUCAGUUUUCUGCGUUAUUUUCGAUUCACGACCGCAGACGAAAGGAGAAUAUUCGACAAUCUAAAUAUGUUUAUGACGUCGUCAGUGACAAAAUUGGAUGAGAAUAAACACACGUUGGUGUUGAGUCAUCUGCCGCUAGGGUACUGGGACCCACACUUUGCACUGAAGGUAAGACGCUUCACAGAGAGUACAUCACCUUUUGGUUGUUUUUGUACUACACACGUAAAAACGCACAAGUUGUAACAAACCUGCAGCAGACUUGUAACAAUGCUGUUCCAACAACUUGUCAACAGGAUGUGUUCGCACUGCUUGUUCCCAGCUUGUUGACAACUUGCCAACGGCUUGUUGACAACUUGCUACAAGGUUGUUGAGCUCAACAGACUUGCUACAAGUUGUUCCAACAACUUGUUAUCGUCUUGCAAUUCAACAAUUUGUUAACAAGUUGUGAGUGACAACCUUGUAGCAACUUGAUAAAAUAACAGCAUUGUUACAACUUGUUGACAAGCUUGCUACAAAAAUCUCACAUCACGUAAAAAUCUCACAUCGUGUAGCAAGUCUGCCAACAAGCCGUCAACAAGUUGUGUUCGCACUGCUUGUCCCAAGUUGUCAACAAGUAUGGAACAAGCUGUUAACAACUUGUAACAAGCUUGAUAACAAGUCUGAUAAUGCCAUCAAGCUUGUUACAAGUUGUUAACAGCUUGUUCCAAACUUGUUACAGUGCGAGCACAACUUGUCGACAGCUUGUGAACAACUUGUGCGUUUUUACGCACAAGUUUGUUACAAGUCUGUUCACAAGCUGUUAACAAGAUGUAUUCGCACUGCUUGUCACAAGUUGUCAACAGGUUUGGAACAACUUGUUGACAACUUGUAACAACCUUGUCGAAAUUAUCAGACUUAUUGCAAGGUUGUUCUGACAAGUCUGUGACAUGCUUGAUAUAACACAAGAUUGUUACAACCUUGUGUUGACAACCUUGUAACAUCCUUGUUAUAUCAUGGCUGUAACAAACUUGUUAGCACAAUCUUGUAACAAGGCUGAUAAUGCCAUCAAGCUUGUUAUAAGUUGUUAACAGCUUGUUUCAAACUUGUUACAACAAACUCGGAACAAGCAGUGCGAAGACAACUUGUUGACAGCUUGUGAACAGACUUGUAACAACUUGUUUGCAGACUUGUAACAACUUGUGCAUUUUUACGUGUGUAUUGCAUGCAACAACUUGUAACAAGCUUGAUGGCAUUAUCAGCCCUGUUACAAGAUUGUGCUAACAAGUUUGUUACAGCCAUGAUAUAAAUGUUACAAGGUUGUCAACACAAGGUUGUAACAAUCUUGUUAUAUCAAGCACGUCACAGACUUGUCAGAACAACCUUGCAACAAGUCUGAUAAUUUCGACAAGGUUGUUACAAGUUGUCAAAAAGUUGUUCCAAACCUGUUGACAACUUGUGACAAGCAGUACGAAUACAUCUUGUUAACAGCUUGUGAACAGACUUGUAACAAACUUGUGCGUUUUUACGCGUGUAGCCUACUCCUAUGGUAUUUCGUCGGAUUAUUCAUUCCUUUCUUACACAAAACACGUAAAAACCUCACAACUUGUCAACAAGAUGUAUUCGCAACAGGCUUGUAGCAAGCUUGUCAACAAGUUGUAACAAUGCUGUUAUUUUAUCAAGUUGCUUUAGUGCGAACACAUCCUAUUGACAAGUUGUUGGAACAGCAUUGCUACAAGUCUGCUGCAGGUUUGUUACAACUUGUGCAUUUUUACCUGACGAAUAAUAUAGGAGACGCAUCAUAAUACGACCAGUCAGAAGGGCUAUCGCUACCCAACUUUGCUUAACUUAAAAACCUCCAACUAUUGUUCUACUUUAGGAAAGCGUACAAAGUAUACUUUCUUAGUUGCCUUUGUUCCAUUCCUCCCGUUAACUAAAACAAAUAACUAAACGUCGAGCAAUGCGAACUAAUAUUUGACGUCACGGGCGGUAGUAUUAGUUUGAUUUCGGCAAAGAGGAUACUAAUUUGCAAUAUCAUAAAAUGAGGUGUAUAGCUUUUGAACUGACGGCUCGGUGGGAGUCAUACAUAUAGAGCUGGCGGUUAAACCUUUUAAGUGUCGGCACUCUCGUAUUGGGUACAUUGCCACUUCAAAGGGUUUUAAGCUUUCUAAAACAGCUAAUACAGUUCAUUUCGUGAUAUUACUUGGAUAGGAACAAAGGUCAUUUAAGUAUUUGAGACUUUCUCUGCAUACAAUAUUAACCCAAAUGAAAAUUGUGUUUAUAGGUACUCAAUAAUAUUAACCCAAGAGUAAUAUUCACUGGACAUGAUCACAAGGUAAAAAAUAUGGACGGUCUUUAUAAUAUCGAAUACGCUUUGGAAUUGCAAAAUGUGUGGCCGUCGCAAUGAAUGCAACAACCUCGCAACCUAGGCUGUUUACCUCCACCCUGAAAUCGCGCUAUGUGUCGGUGCUUGUGAAUUUGGAAUGUUCCUUAACAAGAAAUCACUUCCAGAGAGUUGGACCAGUCAGCGAGCCAGUCACUCAUAUAAGGUUUUAGGUCGAAUCUUACAGCACACAUACAGGGUUUAAAUAUUUGGUUAAAUAUUGCCAGAAUGCUUAACGCGAUCUUUUUAUGUCAAAACAGCAUCUUUUUAAGAACCUAUAAAUUCAUUGAAUAGAUCAGUGGAUUAAGAAGAAAAACCCAUUGUUGCUAAUUUAGAAGUCGCAUUAAUGAUUUAAACUUUAUCAUUCAGCCAAAAUACAGAAUGUACAAAGUAGGCAGUUUUUCAACAGAAGAACACGUGGUCCCCACGUGCAGCUACAGAAUGGGUACCAUCGAUAUGGGCUUUGGUGUUGCUAUGCUUGGUGAGUAUUAGUUAAGUAUGUGUACCAGUAUGAAUAACUCAAAUACAAUACAUAUUCAUGCCUGGUCCUUGCCACCAGGGGUGGGAAAAGUAUGGGACCUAGGGAAUUUUUUCAGUUCCCAGAAAAGUUUUUCCCCAAGAAAGAAAGAAAGAAAGAAAGCAAGCAAGCAAGCGAAGGGAAGGGAAGGGAAGGAAGGAAGGAAGGAAGGAAAGAAAACAAAAGGAAGGGAAGAAAAGAAAAGAAAGGGAAGGGAGAGAAGGAAGGAAGGGAAGGGAAGGGAAGGGAGGAAGGAAGAAAAGACAAUUGUAAAAGUUUAGAUAAAUGGAAAUGCUGUAUUUUUAGUCAAUCUGGGACAGCUGAUUUUCAAAAUUUUCUGGAGAGCAUGGAUCCCCCCCCCCCCCCCUGAUAGUGCCCUUUAUAAAAAUAUGUUGGCCAAAUUUGUCUAACAGCCAUUAUAAGAAUAACUAACAAUCCUCCCCUUCUCAUUUCCAGGUGAAAAUGGUUCCUUUCAUUACACUGUAUUAAAGUUGCCUAGAAGAUAUUUCUUUUUAUAUUUUUAUAUUGUAGCUUGUACAUUCAGUUUGUUGUACAUAAUAUUGUUUAGGAAGAAAAGAACAACGUAAAUAUAUUCUCGGCUAUUAUUUUAAAAUAAAGAAAAUUGCUACAACCACGAGAUGAUUAUCUUUAUUUAUUCCCUAAUGCUUUAACAAUUUGCUAAUUGCUAAUUAGUUACAAAUUUAAUUAAUGCCGUGUAUUUAAACGCCUGGUACGUAGCAUCUAUUAUCAUGGAUAUGUCCCAUGUAUGAAUUUAAAAUCUCCUUAAUUCCUUGGUGUCAAUGACAGACGAGAUGAAAGAUCAAUUAAUUAAUUAAUUGAUUUAUUAUUAGCAUGACAAAAUUACUGGAUGCUGAUUGGUUGAGAGGAGUACAAUUAUUUCAUUAAUUGUACUGCAGUACAAUUAAUAAUUUUCCCAAAACAAACAAAAUGGCGGAAAGGUAUUUUAAACACAAGCGUGAAAUGAAAUUGCCCUUGAGGAACUAGAUGAAAAUACAAACAAAAGCACCAAAUUUUGCUUCAACAAAAGAACUAAAUGAAAAUACGGACAGAAGCAACAAAUUUUGGUUGAAAGUCUGGCAGGACUUGGCUUUGGCGAGAGAAUAUACGAUGUUAACAUUGAGAAGUAUCCAAUUUUUUCAUGCUAAUAAUAAACAAGUAAGCAAAAUUUCCAAAUAUCACUCGUACUAUUAAUCCAUAAUUGUACGAGCAACAUCGCAUGAUUACCUAUACUAAUUAAGGUACAAUUACGCUAAAACCUGAUCAUAUAUUCAUGUGUAAAUCACUUUGCUCUGUGAUAAUAGAUCAGCAACAUCUUCAUUGGUUGUUACUUCAAAAAUGGGAGAAUUUUUGUUUCAAAAAAUUCCUGAGUGAAUCUCAGAUGAUCUCCAUCAGCUCCAAGGAAAUGCAGCUUUCCUGCCGCGUCCAUUUCUUUUAGACCCAGCCAAUCCUU